UUGCAUUAUCCUUUCCCAUACCAAAUGCAGGUUUAGCUUAUAAAUUACAAAAUCAGCAAAAAAAAAAACCCUUCAGAAAUAAAAACUUUUCAGUUGAAUUCUUUUAGACUAAGUCUCGCAUUAGGAUUCCUACUUGGUUACACCUUUGCAGUUGAACAAAAAGUAAUUGUGAAAUAUUGUUGUGACAUGAAGGAAUUAAAAUGAGUGCCUCUGCAAGACCUUCAGGGGAGUACGUAGCCGUUAGCCGGAACUAUGUCAAUGAGCAAGAAGUCGGUUUCAUUUCUACACACCAGUCUAGAGACAGUCAUCAGCAUGAACACGUGACACUAAAUGAAAUAGAGCUUAUUGAAAGAGUUAAGCUGACCUCAAGUGAACUAGAAGUAAAUAAGUUGAGAUCAAGUGGAAAUUUCAAUGUAAGCGAUUGCAUAUCGUAUCCAAGCGCUGAAGGGUCGCAUGAACUUGAACAACAAAAGCUCAUUGGUGAUGAAGAUGCCUCGAAACUGCAGGAUAUUAAUGAUUAUGUAUCAGCUGUUGACCCGGACACGGAUGAUGCCACAAUGUUUUAUGAAACACAAACUGAUGAAACUACCUUGAUUAAAUACGCAAAAUUAGCUGAAGGUGGUCUGGAUGAAGAAACUAAACUUGGUAACAAGCUAAUGCAACAUAUUAUCUAUAUUACUGAUACAAAAACAAAAUCACCCCCUGAAACAGCAGAAGAAAAUGAGGAUGGUUUCCAGACACCAGUAAAUUCGGAAACAGGUGAUGCUGCAACUGACGAAGUUAAGAAACAGCUGGCAAUGUGUUAUCAUUUGUCCGCAAAGCCAAGUAUUUUUCAAAAUAAGGCAGACAGAGACAUAAAACAGAUGAGACCAUAUUGUCAGGAAAAUCUAGAUUCUGAGGUUACUGACGAGCCUAUGCAGGGAAUAAUCCACAGAUCUGUUAAAGCAGAUGAAUUUGCUGUUGCAGACGAAGAUCUGAGAGAUCCUGAUUUUGAAAGAUUGAUUCUCGAAGUUGUGAAGCACUUGCAAGAUUGUGACCUAGAUGAAAUUCUGUCAAUGUUUUCAGGCAGUGGUAUACUCGAAAUGACUGGACUCCUGCCCCCUGCUCAGCUAAUGCAGGUCCUACAGAAACAUCGGCUGAUAAGCCGUGAUAACCUGCACCACAUACAGGGCAUUAUCAUGCGUUUGGAUGAUACAGAUCUUUAUAUCAAAGCAGUACAAUACAUUAAACAUCACAAUGACAUAGUCUAUUUCUACCAAGACCAAGAUAUUCCAACAAAGGGUUUUGGGAAAGUGCAGUGUUUUAUCAGUGGACGAGACUUCACUAGGCUUACAAGAGAAGAUUUGGAACUUGUUCGGUUCAAGGUAGCGAGCUUAGUUUUCAUGCCUGCCCACUACGUAUACAUAGUGGGGAUCGAACCUGGCUCAAGAAUCAUGGUAACCCUAAUGUUACUGGAGAGAUAUGUACAAGAACUUUCUGAAAUGGCAAAGGAAGGUCUACCAGAACUGGUUCUUGUGCAUGUUGAUGCUAUACAGAUCUUUGGCAAGACUUACAGUACGACAGGUACAACAGCAGUAGAAAAAUAUCACAACAGUGGACAUGCUUCUUUCAUAAGUGUCUAUCAACAACUGAGAGACAAGUCCAAGCGUCUCGAAGAACGAGAUGAAGAAGUAACAAAACUUCAAGAGGAAGUAGAAUUCAUGCAGUUGGAACUGGAAACGAUGGGAUCGGAACUUGAAAUGCUGACAGAAAAGGCAGUCCGGGAAUCAGUAACAAGACGGCGCAUCCAAAGCAGGCCAAUAAAUAAACACCCCAGGACCCGAUCUUUCCCGCUAAGUUACAGGGAUAAACUAGAUGACAAAAAAUUUGCACUAGCCUUGGAAUCUGCUGUAAUCACAAAUACAGUACAAUGUCCGGGUGAUAAUGAUAAUGUUAGAAUGAGUCUGAACAUCUGUAAAACAGACAUAAUGACACAUAGCGCCCACAUUAAAGACAAAGAAUCGUCCGCUAUAGUGUUACAGGACAAGAAACAUGAAAUGUUUCAACAAACAGAUGACCUUAUGGGAGAAAUUGAAGUGAUUCUUAAUGAACUUGUUUGUACUAGUUGUUAAGUGAAAUAAGUUCUAUGAUAAAUGAGUUUAAUAUGCCCCACUUUGAAGACGGAGAGGUAUUUUUGUUUUGCAGAUGUCGGUCAAUGUCACAUGUGUCACAGAACAGCUAAACGGUUUCCAGAUGAUAACUCAAGAAAUCUUAGGCCUAGAUUCAUGAAAGUUAAGAGGGAGGUUGGUCAUGACCAGCAGUCUGACCCCUACUUAUUUUAAGGCUAGUAGGUCAAAGGUCAAGGUCACAGUGACCCAGAACAGUUAAAUGGUUUCUGGAUGAUAACUCAAGAACGCUUGGGCCUAGGAUCAUGAAAAUUGAUAAGGAGGUUGGUCAUGACCAGCAGAUGACCCCUAUUGAUUUUGAGGUCAGUAGGUAAAAAAGGUCAAGGUCACAGUGACCCAGAACAGUUAAACCGUUUCUGGACGAUAACUUGAGAAUGCUUGGGCCUAGGAUGACGAAACUUCAUAGGGAGGUUGAUCAUGACCAGCAAAUGACCCCUAUUGAUGUUGAGGUCAGUAGGUCAAAGGUUAAGGUCACAGCGACCCAGAACAGUAUGAUAACUCAAGAACACUUGGGCCUAGGAUCAUGAAAGUUGAUAUGGAGGUUGAUCAUGACCAGCAGAUGAUCCCUAAGGAUUUUGAGGUCAGUAGGCUAAAGGUCAAGGUCACAGUGACCAGGAACAGUUAAACCAUUUCCUGAUAACUUUAGAAUGCUGGAGCCUGGGAUCAUGAAACUUAGUAGGGAGGUUAGUCAUGACCAGCAGAUGACCUCUAUAUAUUUCUAGGUCAAUAGGUCAAAGGUAAAUGUCAGAUUUACCUAGAACAGUAGAACUUUUGUGUUUAGUGACCAAAUAAUUUCUGUUCCUUGUGCAAUUACUGAAUGCAUCAAGGGGGGCAUUUUAUGUUCUAUGAGCUCUUGUUCUGGGUGAUAUCAUCAAUGCUUCAAUUAUCUUGUAAAACUGUGUGAUGUUUGGGAGGUUGGCUGUAUUAUGUACCAUACUUCUCAUUUUAUUAAACAAGAGGUUCAUGAUGACCCUGGAUUGCCCACCUGAGUAAUAUGAGCCGCAUGUUUCAAAUGUCAAACUGAUGCUAAAAUGUUAAGAAAGUAGGUCAGAAGGUUACAUUCAUGGUCACUGAAAGUCUGUUUAAAGAUCGGUGUGCAAAACUGUACCUGUCAUCCAAAUAUCUUAAAACACAAGAAUGUAGGUCAGUAGGUCAAGGUCACAGUCUGGUGUCCCCUAAUUACUUUGGGUCAUCAGGAAAUUAUAAUUAAACAAUCUAGGAAAUAUGAUUUGAUGAUUUUUUAAAUAUUUUUUCCUAUGUAACUCUUAAUCACAAGUGACCCCAGGGUCGGGCCUGUUGUCACCCCAGGAGCAUAAUUUGAACAGUCUUGUUAGAAAUCCACUAGAGGACCAUUAGAUGAUGUCACAUGCCAAAUUUCAAGGCUUCAAGAAGAUUUUUAAUUUUUAUGCCCCCAAAGGGAGGCAUAUUUGUUUUCAACUGUCCGUCUGUUCGUUCGUCACAACGUUAACUUUUUGCAUGAACGCCUACUUUAACUUUUGCAUGAAGGCACUUUACUGGCGAAUGACUGCACCCAGGACCUUCGAACUUCACAUGUGGAUAGUACUUAUUGAGUUCAUGACCCAUACUGACAUUGGGGUCACAAGGUCAAAGCUCAAGGUCACAGUGGUCAAUGUUAACUUUUUGUAGGAAGGCACUUCACUCGCGAACCACUGCACCCAGGACCUUCAAAACUUCACAUGCGGAUAGUACUUAUUAAGUACAUGACCCCUACUGACAUUGGGGUCACUAGGUCAAAGGUCAAGGUCACAGUGGUCAGUGUUAAAUUUUUGCAUCAAGGCUUUUUACUCGUGAACCACUGCAGGCAGGACCUUCAAACUUUACAUGCUGAUAGUACUUACUGAGUACACAGCCCCUAUUGACUUUGGGGUCACCAGGUCAAAGGUUAAAGUCACCAGGUCAAAGGUCAAUGCGCUGCAGGGGCAUUUGUCACCAUUAGUGACAGUUCUUGUUUUCUUUUUGGUUGCCAUAGCAACCAAUUAGUGACAGCUCUUGUUUUCUUUUUGGUUGCCAUAGCAACCAGAGUUCUGCAUGGAAUUCAGUUUUUGUUUUUAAGAAUUAUAAUAAGAUCAGGUGUAAUAUUUUCACUUGUGGCAUAGAAUUUAGAGUGAAAAUGUAAGAUUUGGUGUUUACAAAUGAAAUAUACUUUUAUCUUGGCAAACAAGAAACAAAUUUUCAAUUUUAACUUGACUAUUUGAAGAGCUACUCAUCUCACCCUGGCAUUGGCCUCAGCAUCACACCAUGGUUAAAGCCUUUUGCAUGCAUUUACAUAUACUUUUAGCUAUCAUUAAUUAUUUUAAAGGCAUAUAGCUUUGAAAGUUAUUUUUUUCCUUUUCUGGGUCAGUUACCAACCUCACUAGGUCAAGUCUCAUAACUCUUGACUUGUAUUUUGGCCAAAUUAUGCCCCCUUUUGGACUUAAAAAAUUCUGUUUAAAGUUUUGUAUGCAAGUUACUGUCUCCAGAACUAAUGCAGAUAUUGAAUUAAGACAUCAGAUUUGUCUUAGGGUUAUAAAAUUAGGUGAUAGUAUCAAAUUCCUAUAACUCUGACAUGCAUUUUGGCCAAAUUGUGCCCCUUCUUAGACUAAGAAGAUCCUGGUUAAAAUAAAAACUCUGAAAACCAGACCCUACAAGAACCGGAAUCCUCCGAAAUUUGGGCGAUUUUCAAUGUCCCAAGUUUUUCUCUUAUAAAUUCAAUUGAAAAAGCACUCUGAAUAUGGGAAACUAUGAAUUCUGAAACUGGAUUUUUUUUCAUAGCCACAAAGGAAUAUUAUAUAAUAAAAAAAUCCUCUGAAAACCAGACAGAACGUGUCGAACUUUAUGUGUAUUGUAUGUUUGAAUUGAUUUUAAAAAACAUCUCAAGCAGGUGACAAUUUUUUGUUCUCCAACUAACAAUUACAAAUGUUACCGAAGUAGAUGUAAAAAACAUUUAAUUGUGUGUUUGUGUUUUGUAUAUUAGCUAUGAUAUGUAAGCUUAUGAAGUGCAAAACAUCUUCAUAAUCUGAUAGGAAGAUGUUUACUGAUCUAUUGUUGUACAGGUGAUUUUUCAUAAAAUUACAUUUUUUCAGAAUAAGGAAAAGAUAAAUAUUCUUAUUAAUUAUUAUAUAACGAUAUACACAUGAUGCAUAUUCCAUGAUUUACAGGAGCUAGACUAUUAUCUCCAUGAUCAGAGAAGCAUUUCAUUAUAAAGUAUCAUUUUAAAUGUUUUUCUGAUAGAAAUGAUUUGGUUUUAAUAUAUAACAGAGAGAUACAGUGCAGAUUUAAGGAAAACCUAAAAGAUAUUGAACAUAAUACGGUCAGAUGAAAUAAAUAAGAAUAUACAUAUAUAAACCCUCUCCCAAAUUUGUACAAAAUUUGCUGAAUACUGGAAUCUUCUGAAAACUGGACUUUUGACAUGCUCCAGUCAGGGUCCGGUUUUUAGGGCUUUUACUGUAGCUAUUAGUUUAAGGCAACUUUAAACCUGUAACUUUGAAACUUUUUUUUUCUGGGUCAAUAACCAACCUCACAGGAUUAAGUCCCAUAACUCUGACAUGUAUUUAGGGUAAAUUAUGCCCUCUUUUGGACUUAGAAAAUUCUGGUUAAAGUUUUGCAUGGAAGUGCAUAUAGCUAUUAUUUAAAGGUACAUGUUGUUACAUUUUGAAACUUAUUACUUUCUUUUUCUGGGUCAAUAACCAACCUCACAGGAUCAAGUCCCAUAACUUCAACAUGCAUUUUGAACAAAUUAUACCCCCUUUUAAAAAGAUAAAGGAAGCCCUAGUUAAAUUUUUGAAUGCAAGUUACUGUCUCAAAAACUGGGACUGGAUAUUGAAUUGAAACUUCACAUGUUUCUUUGGGUUUAUAAAAGAGUUCAGAGUAGUAACAAUAAUUUAUGCUCAAACAUGAUAACUCUGUGCUUAUGCAUGAUAUAGAUUUGUUUCAGUUUUCAUAAUAAAUGUCUGUGAUAUACUUUUUUCUAUUAUUAAUUAUGAAAUUGUGCCAAAAUUAAAUUUACACCCAUUGA